UCUGCCCAAUCAGCUGUUUAACAGAUCAACAAAACAAUUGCAUUUCUAUUGUAAUUAUUUACCAGUUAAAGUUACUAAAGAGAUAAUUAUUUUUGUAUUUCUACACAUUUAAUUAAUAAAUCGGUAACAAUGGAAAAAUUGGAGGCACUGAAAAUAUCGUCAAUGCGUCCACGUACAAAUAUACUUGAUCGUCCACUGUCUAAAGGUAAAGGCGAGGUGUCACAAAGCAUAGUAGCGCUACUUUUCAGUGAAAUAGUGCAGUAUUGUCAGAGUCAAGUGAGCACAGUGCAGGAGCUACAAAACAGAUUGCAUGCACUUGGCCAAGAUGUAGGCACACGGGUUAUUGAUUUGUAUUUUAUGCGUGAACGCAAUGGCAAACGUGAAACAAAGUUAACACAAAUGCUGUUAUUUGUAAAAACAACAGUGUGGAAGAAUUUAUUUGGCAAAGAGGUAGAAAAGCUAGAGCAUGCCAAUGACGAUGAAUGCACCUAUUAUAUUAUCGAGAAGGAGCCAAUGGUCAAUACAUUUAUAAGUGUACCUAAGGAUAAGAGUACGCUCAAUUGUGCGAAUUUUACAGCGGGUAUAGUGGAGGCUGUGCUAAAACAUUCUGGAUUUCCUUGCAAAGUGACGGCUCAUUGGCAUAAAGGCACAACAUACAUGGUCAAAUUCGAGGAUAGUGUUAUUGCACGCGAUAAACAAUUGGAAGAUAAAUAGAUUUGUCUGCACUUUUAUUUAUAGUUAUUGCAACUUUAUGUUCAAUUUGCAUUUUAAUUAGACUAUGUUUAAUCAUUAAUAAAAACGAAUGCACACAUUUUCAA